UGAGCUCUAUCGAAAUCAACCGUUAGUUUAGUUCUUGGAAGAUGUAAAGAACUUUCUUGAUUUUGGAAUGGAUUCAUUUCGUUAAAAUGUUGUCUGUUUCAACAUAUACCAUGAAUCCAAAUUGGCAAAAAAAAAAUUUUGGAGGGUUGAACCAAGAAUUCUAUCCUUAAUCUGAUUGUAAUUCAUUGCUAACGUGUUCUAUUGUUCUUUUUCCGGACCCUAAAAUUAUUCUUUUUAGAUUCAUUAAAAUGUAAAGUUCUUAAACUACAUAUACAAAUUUAUUCAUGGACCUAAUAAAAUGGUCUCAAAGUAUAGAUACUUUUUGAAUAUUUACGAUCAAGUAGCGUUUGUCUUUCUGCCGACACAUCCAUCUUUCGUAUGCAUAUCUAGCAAUAUUGAGUUUGGCCUCAGUCCCUUCCAAUUUGUUUCCAAGUUUAGUGUCAUUCCAAUUUCUCAUUUGUGCAAAUAAAAGAAAAGAAAGAAUUAAAAAAGCCCGUGUUUUGGGUAAUUUUGGGUCAUAAUGGAAGAAACAUUUGUCCCCUUCCGUGGAAUUAAGAAUGAUCUUAAAAGAAGGCUUCUAUGCUACAGACAAGACUGGAGCGGUGGACUGCGUGCAGGUAUAAGGAUCCUGGCUCCGACAACAUAUAUAUUCUUCGCAUCAGCAAUUCCUGUUAUAUCUUUCGGAGAGCAACUUGAAAGAGAUACUGAUGGAACCUUAACUGCAGUGCAAACCCUUGCAUCAACAGCACUUUGUGGUGUGAUCCACUCAAUUGUUGGCGGACAACCACUCCUCAUAUUAGGUGUAGCUGAACCAACUGUUAUAAUGUACACUUUCAUGUUCAAUUUUGCAAAAGAUCGAAAAGAUUUGGGACAUAAGCUAUUCUUGGCUUGGACAGGAUGGGUUUGCGUAUGGACAGCCCUUUUGCUUUUCUUGCUGGCCAUCUUGGGUGCAUGCUCUCUCAUCAAUCGUUUUACGCGCUUGGCUGGUGAAUUGUUUGGUCUUCUAAUUGCAAUGCUCUUUAUGCAGGAGGCUAUUCGAGGCGUUGUGGAAGAGUUUGGCAUCCCUAGGAGAGGAAAUUCUAGCCAGACUGCUUUACUGCCUUCCUGGCGCUUCGGAAAUGGAAUGUUUGCUUUGGUUCUGUCCUUCGGCCUUCUUUUAACAGCAUUAAGGAGCCGUAAAGCUAGAUCCUGGCGCUAUGGAGCAGGUGAGGGAAAUUUUUGUUUAGUAAUAAAGCAAAAUAAGUACAAAAAGGAGAAAUAGGAUAUUUUACAAUUCAUACGUAUGGUUGAA